AUGCGCCGGCUGUUCCGAGGAUUCCGAGCCUUCGCCCUCGGGAUGGCCGUGGGGAUUUCGGGACUCUUCAUGUCAAGGUAUUUCAUGGGCCGUGGCAAUGAUGCACGCAGACGUGCAGGAAUGCAGCUGCUACACUGGCUGCAGCAAGACAGUGGUGCGCAACCGCCGCUUGCAGGAGACCAGGUGGAUGCACACCAGCCCGCACAGCAGAGCGAUCCAGGCCAGGCGGAGAAGGUGUCGUCAGCAACCAUGCAGAGCUCCUAUGCAGGGAGUCCUGUGGCGCCCGGAAGCCUGUGGCUUGGGAACACACCCUCCCAAGAGCUCUCGGCUGCCGAGGUGGACGCCAUGGCCGCCCCGCCGGCACAGCCUCGUCCCUCGAGGAACCACGACUUUGUCCUUUGUGCGAACGUAGCAGGAACUCUGGGCAGCUCGCUGCAAGCCGCAAAGGCCUUCUUCACGAUCGCCUCCAGGAUCCGGCAGAGGGGAUGGCGUGUUCGAGUGCUUCUUCCAGCCAUCGGCGGCACGGAGUUCGACAAUGUCCGCCUGGAUGAGAAGAAUGGCACCUCCUUGGCCAAGGUGCUGGAUUUGACGCCACUUCGCAAGCUUCUAGACAUUGACGAGGACUCUGCUGCCACGCUUGAAAAACAGAAGAAGGUUUGUUGGGAGAAGGGCGCGGAUGUCUCCGUGUUCAGCUUGGUUCAGAUACGUACCGAACAGCUCCGUGGCGUGACAGUGCCCCACAUUUGGCUAGGGCCAGGAUAUGAACGGUGGAUGUUCGAGCAACUGUUUGACAACCUCGGGACACUUGCGAAUGCACCCAAUUUCACUGAUGCGAUUCGGGUUUUCUGGCAGAUGCGGAGCUCCAGCCCGACGGAGUGCAGUCCCUUCGUGUACCCAGAUCUGGCAUUUGAGGUGGGCCAGGCCAUGCUCCUGAAGCCACCCGAGAGAGCAGAACCCUGUGCCUUCGUCUACGUCGGUCCCAUCAUCCGCCGCGAUCGGCUGUGGCACUUGCGGCCAGGGCCAGACUUCACGAAGUGGUGUCCGCAGUGCUCCUUGCCGAACCUUCCUGCUUGGGUGAAUGCCACGGCCAAGAAGAUUGGCUCGUUGCUGAAAGAGCAGCAGCUGACCUGCGCCUCUUUCUAUGUCCGCCUCCUCGGCCUUACCAGCACGGAGUUUCUACAACUCAUCCAGGAUGGUGCGGCUACAGCAGGUGUUCCAUUUGAGGCUUCGCGGAUCAAGAAACGGUCGUGCCGGUUGUGCAUGGAGGCCAACAUGGAGGUCCUACAGCGUGCGGCGGCCUCGCCAUUACUGAUAGCAGAGUACGGCUCCUUCUGGCCGGACCUGCCGGCAAUGCACUUGCUGGCCCGUGGGGCCACUGUCGCCUAUCUGCAUGGGGACGUCUCUUUGCGCACGUACCUAUCGAAUAUGAAGGAGGCUAACGGGUCGCCUGGAGAAGUUCGACAAGAUCUGGAUCCACGUAACGACGUUGCCUUCGGUCGUCUUGGAUGCAAGGACGGGCUCAUCUGCCGCGGAAGAUGCAUCGACUACCGAGACAAAUCUGGAGGUCCUUUAGUUCAUAGUGACACGGAAUGCUGGCCUGAAGAUCAGCCCGGAUGA